UUCACACAAGCCUCUCUAUGGAUGAAGGCGAAUGGGAGCUGGCGGAGAGCGGUCUGCAUAUUUAUUUAUUUCGCCAAGAUUUAUGUUCAUCUAGGCAGCAAUUUAUAGAAUAUGCGAAUGUCAAUUAGAGCAGCCCUUGAACUGGAUCCAGACCAGUGUUAUAUUAUUUGGGUAGUAAUCUAAGUAGGACGUUAUUUACAUCAAGUCCCUUCACAGAAUAAACAUGGAUGAAGAUAACCGAGUGCCUGAAGAUCUCUCAAUGGAAGAGAGAGAUGAACUGUCCAACAUUAGACGGAGGAAAAAAGAACUGCUAGAUGACAUUGAGCGGUUAAAGUUUGAGAUCUCAGAAGUUAUGACAGAGAUUGAGAAUUUAACGUGUGUCACAGAGACCAAAAGCACUCAGAGGAACAAGCAGAUUGCUGUUGGAAGAAAGAAAUUCAAUAUGGAUCCUAAAAAGGGAAUCCAGUUUCUUUUGGAGAAUGAUCUUCUGCAGCACACACCUGAGAACAUCGCACAGUUCCUCUAUAAAGGAGAAGGCUUAAACAAAACUGCUAUAGGAGAUUAUUUAGGGGAACGAGAUGACUUCAAUAUUAAGGUUUUGCAGGCAUUUGUGGAGCUUCAUGAGUUUGCUGAUCUUAACCUGGUGCAAGCAUUGAGGCAGUUUUUGUGGAGUUUCAGACUUCCUGGUGAAGCACAGAAAAUUGAUCGAAUGAUGGAGGCCUUUGCUGCUCGAUAUUGCCAGUGUAACCCAGGUGUCUUUCAGUCCACAGACACAUGCUAUGUUCUUUCGUUCUCUGUCAUCAUGCUCAACACCAGCCUGCACAACCCUAAUGUCAGAGACAAGCCCUCGGUGGAAAGAUUCAUAACCAUGAAUCGGGGCAUCAACGAGGGAGGAGAUCUGCCUGAGGAGCUGCUCAGAAAUUUAUAUGAAAGCAUUAAGAAUGAGCCUUUCAAAAUUCCUGAAGACGAUGGGAACGAUCUAACUCACACAUUCUUUAAUCCAGACAGAGAGGGAUGGCUGCUAAAACUAGGGGGAAGAGUGAAGACCUGGAAGAGGAGGUGGUUCAUUUUGACAGAUAACUGUCUAUAUUACUUUGAAUAUACAACAGACAAAGAGCCUCGGGGGAUCAUUCCACUGGAGAAUCUUAGUAUAAGAGAGGUGGAAGAACCAAGAAAACCAAAUUGCUUUGAGCUCUACAACCCCAGUCAUAAGGGGCAGGUAAUAAAGGCGUGCAAGACAGAGGCUGAUGGGAAGGUGGUGGAGGGGAAUCACGUGGUGUACAGAAUAUCUGCACCCACGCCGGAGGAGAAAGAAGAGUGGAUCAAAUCCAUCAAGGCAAGCAUUAGCAGGGAUCCUUUCUAUGACAUGCUGGCUACUAGGAAACGGCGAGUGGCCACUAAAAAGUGAGCCAUAGACCUUCAGUUUGGGUUUAAUAAUCACUCUUCAAGUGGAAACCUUCACAUGGGGUCGGGCAUGUUGCAGGAGGUGACAGACGAGACACAAGCUCUCUGAACACGAAGGACAAGUUUUUAGAUAUGAUGGUGUCUGUAUAGGUCCUGAGGUAAUCGAAGGGGUAAUGUGCUAAAAAUAUUUAUCUCUGAAUGGAUUGUGAAUGGAAGACAGUGAUGGUGAUGAUGCAUUUAUAUUCUGAAUGUUUGUCAAAACGAACUUUGCCUAAAGAGUGAUGACUGAUUCAACUAUACUACGAUAUUUGACUAAUUUCAUGUGCGGGUGUAAUAUAGAGUAAUUAGCGCCCCCUGCUGCAUACAACCAGAACCUAUUGCAAAUUUCGAGGUAUAGUUAAAUGGAGAUGUUCGCAAGGCAAAAGUCUAAAUUUAAGCUUUAGUAUUGAUUAGAUGUUGAUGAAAUGUAUGUAAAGUAUACCAAACUACUGUAAAUGUCAAUUCCAUUCAGUUUUUCAGAAAUUUCAGGUGUAGUCUGUGAAUACAGAAAAUAAUCCAUAUGGCAGGGAGUCUUGCCGAGUGUAUUUUUUUUGUGCUAUCGUAUGAUUUCAAAUAUUAUUCAUUGUUAGUCAGUAGUUUUAAAUGAUUUUACUUUUAUUUGUGUCAUGUCAUAGUCAUCCAAAUCAGCAGGACUGGUUGCAUUAAUUGGAAGAGAAAAUAACCAGAAAGCUUUUACAUAUUAUAUUUAUUAUGUUUUUAAGGUCCUUAUAGUAUUAUAAAAUACUGUUAAAAAAUCUAUUUCUGAAGUUCUCUUACUAAUGAUGUCUUUUUAAGAAUAAUGGAAACUGCACCAAUUUGAUUCACCUUCCGAUUUAAUUUGUUACUUAUAUAAGUUAAUGUAUUUUAUUUUUGUAAUACUGGCAACGUUAUGUGAACUUAUGUUUAGUUUUUUACUAUGUUUGCAAAUAACACAAAUACCAUCACUAUUUUAAUUAUUUAAAGUUUUUUGGGAACUCCAUAGAUAUAAAACUAUGUAUUUACAGCUAGUCAUUUGAGAGCUUUUAUGUGAAUGUUUUAUAUUUCUCAUAGUUUAUUGCAGAGACACUGCUAGGAUUGUUUUUUUUUUUUUAACUCAUGUAUUUAUGGAGCAGGCUUGCAUUAGUAGCGAAAAGUUGAACCGUUUUGCAUGUUAUUGCUUUGCAAGUAAUGUGUGCUCUAAUCUUGCAAUUAAUGUUUUGUGCAGUUUUAUAUUAAGCUGCUUUCAGUACAUUUUGUCCACAAGCCUAACUGCUAUUGGGUUAUCCAGACAAAUAAAUGACAAUUAUAUUCUGAUUUGCUGGUGUAUAGGGCAGAAGCACAUUAAAUUGAAGUCUUAAGCUAUGUUUGAGUUCCGAAUGCGGAGAUAAUAGCUUUUAAAAAAAAAUACUACACCUUGACAUCAAUUAAGAUAUUUUCAAAAAACAUAUCUCACAAGUCAUUCUUUAUAUGUAAAAAAGGAAACCCCACACUUUACAAAACCAAACACGUCCCAUCAUCACAUACGUUCAUUCACUCCAACAAAACACUGUAAACAUAGUGAGAGAAAAUAUUACAAUUUCAGACAUUAAGGCCGUUUUCUCUCACUCAACAUAUUGUACACUGUAUACAUUUACUUUAACAUGCUACAGUAAAAUGAAGGUGAAUAUAA